GGCGAGGGGGAAUUGUGUAAGGUGCUGUUUGGUUGUAUUUGCAGUGGUUUCAGCUCUCUGUGUAUCUGGGCCUGCAAUUUACUGGAAAUUCAAGAAAAGUCUCAGCUUGAAAACUGCAUCGUUGAAUUCUUGCAGUCCUUCUAUUUGUGAUUGCUUCCCUCCUCUUUCCCUUCUCAAGAUUGCUCCUGAAAUGGUUAUGCCAAUGACAUGCUCCAAUGGAAGCAUGUUUCCCCCAUCUCCCUACAGCUACAAGGAGUUUGCCGAUGAUUGCAACAGACAAUUUGGAGUAUGGCCUCGGGAACAUUGGAUCACUACUGAAUUCGGUGGCAUGAGGAUUAACCUGGUGCUGAAAAGAUUUGGCAGUAAUAUCAUAUUUUCCAAUGGGAUGCAAGAUCCAUGGAGCAGAGGCGGGUUCGUAUCACUUGGUUGAGAACGAAGCUCCGAUUGAGAGCACCAGAGCUCCGAAAGCGGUUGAGGCGGGUUUCAUAUAACCUGGACCUAAUUUUCAAUAUAAAUCAAACCACCUAUCUAACUUGAUUACAAACAAAUUUUGGAGGUGUAAUUGGUAGAUCACUUGGUUAACUCAAAGUGAAAUUUAAUGAACCUAUAUUGUAAUUGUAACAUAUAAAAGAAAGAUUAAUCCUUCCUAUAUUGUCAUUAUAUACACUGAUGGUUUUAUGUACCUAUCAUAUCAUUUCAAUUUAAAUUUAAACACCAAAUUCUGUAUUUCAAUAAACACUGAUGGUUUUAUUGUCGAAACUGUUGUUUUAUUCACAUUCUUUCUUUUUGAGCUAUUCACAAUCUUUCUACUUCAUGCUUUUAUCUUUUUUUCUUGCAGGUUGAGUGCAAAGUGAUCUCUCUUGCCUCUGUCUAUCUUUAAUUUAUCCGCUUGUUUAAAUGAAAUGAUGGUGUUGCGAGUACUUCUCUGAAGCCACGAGAGGUGGUUUUAGUGAAUGUGCAAUUUGCCCCUGGAGCAAUGGUUCAUUUAGUUUCGGAGGAAACUGACUCUCUAACUACUUUUGUUUCAGUAUAUAUCAUUUGAGGUAGAUAGAUCCACCUGUAUGGAGGCUGCAAGAUUGGUAGUUUGGGAAGUGCUGCAGUUAAUGUUGUCGAGUCUUUUGUGCUGUAAGAACUCUCCUCAUGAACUGCGAGGACCAAUGCCAAUUUGUUUGAUUAGUGAUGCACAAUUGCGCAA